AUGUCUAACAAGUCCGUUUUAAAGGCCAUAGAGACUUCUGGACGCAAUCCAAAGUUAAAGUCACGGCUGAAUAAUGAACAGGAUUUGAUUAAGAGUGGUAAACUUUCGAAUAGCUUCACCGGCUGUUUUAAAGAGAUACUGUUUAAUGGAAGAGAAUCUCGUAAAGCAGUAGAAAUUAGAUAUGAUGAUUGUGAUAGGAAUAUUAAAGAAGUGGACUAUAAAAUAAAUAAUUUUUAUUUUCAAAUGAAUGAAGUUCUCGUAAAUGAUCUUUAUAAUUAUAUCGAAGAUACAUAUUCCGAUGAAAAUGAUACUCAUCAGUUCUUGAAAUCACGAAUAUUUGGGUUGCCGACGGCUUUGGUCUUUGGAGGAUAUGAUCCCUCACGUGAAAACCUUUUUGAAAGUUUUGCUCGUUCUUUAUCUGAAAAACAACAAACCUGUGUCGUGUUGAUUGAUUCAACGACCGUUUUAAAACUAGAGGAUCUGGUGACUCACACGAUUAGAUAUUUUAAAUAUAAAAAUGGAUCUUCUUUUAGUGGUUAUAAUCAUUUCUUUGCAGAAAAUACUUAUAAUAGUGAUGACGAGGAAACAAUCAAGGAUGACGAGGAAUUAGAAGAAGAUUCUAUCGAUGAAGGACAAUCUAAUCAUGAUGAUGAAAGCGAUGAUGAUAUGAAUUUAGAAGAGGAAAGUGGUGAAAAUGAUGAAUUAACGUCCCUUUCAGUCAAGGAUGUAGUUGAUAUUGAAUCAUUGGUAAAAUGGUAUGAGAGUAAUGCCAAAUUACACGGUCUUAGAUCUUUGCCAAAGUUGAUUAUUAUAAUAUAUAAUUUUGAUUUGUUAGAUCCUGUAAUAGCGGAAAAAUAUCUUCAUAUUCUCAAUGAACACAAAAGCCAGAUUCCCAUUGUAUUAAUAUUGGGCAUUUCCUCAGGAUAUAGAGGCAUUGAUGCUAUUCACGAGGGUUAUUCAUAUUCGGUGGAACGCUUGUUGAGACUCAAAGAAUUUCAUUUAUCGGAUAACAUUCACAAUUUCGAUGAACUUAUAGCAAGGUUCUUCAUCAAAAAUCAUUUUGGCGUCAAAGUCGGUAUAAGGCCAUACAAUUUUCUUAAUGAUAUGUAUGGGCGACUAAAAGUUUCUCUUAAAUAUUUUGAGUGCUCUAUCAAGCAUGUCAUAAAUUACUAUUUCUAUUCAAAUCCAUUAAGUAUUCUCACAACUAUUGACCCGGACGAAGUUUCAUCGAGAGUUGAUUUAUUGAAUAAAUAUCAUAUAGAAAUGAUACGUAUGCAACCUUCAUUUAGAAGAUUGGUGGAACAUUUUAUUGAUGAGCACAGUCAUCCAAAGGUUGCGCGUUCUUUGCUUGAGGAUGAUAAUUCUGUCAAAUCCAUAUUACCAAAUAUUCUGCGUGAUAUGAAAAAUUAUCAUCAAAAUUUCGCUGUAGCAUUUGAAAUCGUUCAUAAUUUGCAGCAAUAUGUUUGUGAUAAUCCAAAAUUGAUCAAGGCAAAGUACGAAUUAUAUUCUUAUGCAUUAACACAUCCUGGAUUAGGGGAACAUGAGCAUGUUCGGAAAUUGAAGUUUCGAGAUCUUAAACAAUUCCUCGAAAACUUUCAAAAUGUUCUUGAAAAGGCAGAAUGUGUGAAUUCAGCAAUUCCAAAAUUUUUUGAAAAAUUAGAACAGAUUGGAAACUUAUUACAAUCUUCAAUAAAAUUACCAAAGAAUAAAAAACGAAAGAAAAAAACCGCUAUCCUUAUGCAAGGAGAGAUAGAUAGCAUUUUCGCACUAGCACCAUCAUCAACAACUUCACAAGAAAUCACCGAUAAAUUCACGAAAUUGAUUGACGAAAUUUUCGAAUAUUUACAAGUUUUUUUCAAGAAAAACCUAUGCCAUUACUCUACAAAGACUCUUUAUGAAAUUUUUUAUUGGGAAGAAUCUUAUUCUCUUGAAGGUUUAUUUCUUCCAAGAAUUCGCCAAUCAAUCGCUACAGCGCUUGGAAGACCAAAACAAUAUCUCAAUUAUCCCGCAGGAAAAAUAUCAUACACCCAGGAUGAUAGGUGUAUAUUAUAUAAAUUACUUGUAGGAUUUGGUAAGUUUAUUCAUAUUAAUGAUUGGUUAGAAAGUUUUGAAAAUAUUAUAAAGAAAGAGAAUAGAAAUAUCACUGAUGACGAAACGAAGGCAAGAUUCUGCAGAGCUUUUGAAUCACUUAAAAUUGUUGGAGUAAUCGCUGAUGCUAAAGGAAAGCGAGGUUACGUUAGAAAAAUGAUUUGGGGAAAAUUUUAA